AUCAAUAAAAAAAGAACAGAAAAAAAGGUGCAAUUUAAUGAUACGAUCCUGCUCACAAAAAAGUGGCAACGUCGCAAUUUGCUAUCUCAUUCUGUCAGCAGAUUUUCUUGUUACAUUGAAAACUCCGAGUUGGUGGUCGUCGCAUGGUUUUUAUUGUGCAAAAAAAAUUGUUUCUGAGCGUUCUUCGAAAAACUAAAAGAAUUACAAAAUGCCGUACAACGCGCGGGCUGUUGUUGGUAAAAAAAAAGGAAAAUUCGUGAAAGAGAAAGUGAAACGAGCAAUAGAAGCUGUUAAAAACAAUCUAUAUCGACACACCGAGAACAAGUACGAUGAUUCUGUCAAAUCUAACCUCGAAGGACGCAGAAUUGUCGAAUUGAAAACGCUGGGACUGCAGUUGUGGUGUCAAUAUUGUGACCUGGCAUUAUCUUUGAGGGAUGUCACGGAUGAACAACGAUGUGGAUUUGCAAGUGUGUUAAGAGUUGCUUGCAACCAUUGUGGAAAAAUAAUUAUGGUUCACACGAAUAUACGAAAUUCCCAGACAAAAUGUCACGAUGUAAAUUUGAAAGCAGCAAUAGCAAUCAUUGAUUCUGGUAUAGGCGAGAGCCAAAUGAACACUAUCUGCUCAGCAAUGAACAUACCAAGUGUUUCUGCAAAGCUGCUGAAACGGAGCGAGAGGAUUGUGGGUUCUUCAAUAGAAACAGUUGCUAAAGAAAGCUGCAAGAAUAGCAUUAAGCUUGAAAAACAACUAUCGGUUGAUAGGGAUCAGGUUCAGAAUAAUGAAAGUGCCGAUCCGAUUCCAACAAAACCCGAAAGUUCCGAAUCCAUUUCCGACACGAUAGAAAAUCGUUCCCCUGAAAAGUCUCCUGAAACUAAUAUAAUAGCUUCUAUUGAUACGGGAUGGCAGAAGAGAGGCACCGGUCAUGCGUACAACAGUAAUUCUGGUCUCUGUGAUAAGGGACCAGAAUAUCAGUUCUCAUUGGCGAUGACGAUUCGUGCACUAUUGCAGCAGUUCGUAGAGAAGCUGGAGGACUGA